GGGAUUUCCCUUAAAGCUCAAGCUAGGUCCUGGGACCAGGGAAGGAGGAGUGGAGAGACUUAGUUCCCGCGACUGAGCCGCAAGGCCUGGAGGACUUAUCCUCCCCCGCUGCAGUUCCAGGCCAGAGCGCGCCAAGCAAUUUUCUCAUCCUUCUGGCCCAGCCUCCGCUACAAACAGGACCCCCACGCAGCGCGCAGAGUUCCUGGCACUUUCCGAAGGGGUCUAUUGCUCCCUGCCCAGAGACUGACUGCGCGCUCUCGGACUUACCUGUUAGAGCACUAACACCGUCCUGGACCAUGCACUUAUUCAGGAACCCCAGGAUAGCCUCCCACGCACGCUGGGGAGCCAACGCCACCAGUUUUCAGCCAAUGCCUCGGCCUCCGCCACGGACCCUGCUGCUGCUGCUGCUGCUUCUCCUGCCACUGGUAAGCUGCCUUCCAGCACAGCCCGAUGCCCCCGGCCGAGUGUUGCUGUCCUCAGGUCUCCCGGGGUUUGCAAGGGUCCCCGCCGAGGAGGCUAUAGUAAUGGCGAACCGUGGGCUCCGGGUGCCUUUUGGCCGUGAGGUCUGGCUGGAUCCACUGCAGGACCUGGUGCUGCAGGUGCAGCCGGGGGACCAUUGCACGGUGACCGUACUAGACAACGACGCGCUGGCCCAGCGGCCCGGCCGCCUGAAUCCUAAGCGCUUCCCCUGCGACUUCGGUCCUAGAGAGGUGAGCUACUCUCACCUGGGUGCGCGCAGCCCCUCGCGAGAUCGCAUUCCGCUGCAGCUGCGCUAUGACGCGCAGGGAGGGACUGCAGUGCUUCCCUUGGUGCUGGAGGUGGUUGUAGUCUUUACUCAGCUGGAAGUUGUGACUCGGAACUUGCCUCUGGUCGUGGAGGAGCUGCUGGGGACCAGCAAUGCUCUGGACGCGCAGAGCUUGGAGUUCACCUACCAGUCUGAGACAGAGGAGUGUCGUGUGGGCAUCCUGUCUGGCUUGGGCACGCUGCCUCGCUAUGGGGAACUCCUACACUACCCGCAGGUCCCAGGACUAGCCAGCGAGGGGGAUACCCAGGAGCCUCUCCUGAUGGACUGCAAAGCUUUUCAGGAGCUAGGUGUGUGCUACCGUCACACAGCCUCCAGUCGCUCACCAAACAGAGACUGGGUGCCCAUGGUGGUGGAGCUGCACUUGCGAGGGGCUCCUAUGGGCAGCCCUGCUUUGAAACGCGAGCACUUCCAGAUGCUGGUGAGAAUCCGAGGAGGGGUUGAGAACACUGCCCCCAAGCCCAGCUUUGUGGCCAUGAUGAUGAUGGAGGUGGACCAGUUUGUACUGACCGCCCUCACCCCAGACAUGUUGGCAGCUGAGGAUGCUGAAUCUACCCCUGACUUGUUGAUCUUCAACCUCACCUCCCCAUUUCAGCCUGGCCAUGGCUAUCUGGUAAGCACUGAUGAUCGCAACCUGCCGCUCUCCUCCUUUACUCAGAGAGAUCUGCGCCUCCUGAAGAUUGCCUACCAGCCACCCUCUGAAGACUCUGACCAGGAGCGUCCCUUUGAAUUUGAGCUGGAGGUAGUAGACCCAGAAGGAGCAGCCUCAGAUCCCUUUGCCUUCAUGGUGGUGGUGAAGGCCAUGAAUACACUGGCUCCAGUGGUUAUCCGCAACACUGGUCUCAUUCUCUAUGAGGGCCAGUCUCGGCCCCUCACCGGCCCUACAGGCAGUGGACCACAAAACUUGGUCAUCGGCGAUGAAGAUGACCUAGAGGCAGUGCAGCUAGAGGUGGUGGCUGGGCUCCAACAUGGUCACCUCAUCCUUCUGGUUGGCUCCAGUGGUAACCUUGUCACUAAGGCCUUUACAGUAGCUCAGCUAACAGCUGGUGAGGUGGUCUACCACCAUGAUGACAAAGAUGGCUCACUGAGUGACAACCUGGUGCUUCGAAUGGUAGAUGGAGGACACAGGCACCAGGUGCAAUUCCUAUUCCCUAUCACCUUAGUGCCUGUGGAUGACCAGCCACCAGUCCUCAGUGCCAACACAGGGCUGACACUGGCAGAGGGUGAAACAAUGCCCAUACAACCCUUUGCUCUCAGUGCAACUGACAUAGACUCAGAUGACUCUCUGCUGCUUUUUGUGCUGGAGUCUCCCUCAACUACAGGCCAUCUGAUUAUCCGCCAACCUCAUCCUCCACAAGAGGUGGAGCAGCUUAUUGGAAGUCCUUGGAAGAAACAAGGAACAUUUUAUGAGAAAAUAGUGACAAAGUGGCGGCAGCAGGACAUAAUAAAGGGGAGGCUAUUCUAUGUGCACUCUGGGCCCCAUAAUCCUGGACCAGUGAUGGAUCAGUUCACAUUUCGAGUUCAGGAUAACCAUGACCCCCCUAAUCAAUCUGGGCUACAGAAGUUUGUGAUCCGCAUUCAUCCUGUGGAUCGCCUCCCUCCAGAGUUGGGCAGUGGCUGUCCCCUUCGGAUGGUGGUGCAAGAAUCCAAGCUUACACCGCUGAGGAAGAAGUGGCUGCAAUACACUGACCUGGACACAGAUGACCGAGAGCUACAUUACACAGUGACUCAGCCUCCAAUGGACACAGAUAAAAACCACUCGCCAGCCCCAUUAGGAACCUUGGUCCUGACUGACAACCCUUCUAUUGUGGUGGCUCAUUUUACCCAAGCCCAGAUCAAUCACCAUAAAAUUGCUUACAGACCUCCAGAUCAAGAACUGGGAGUGGCUGCCCGAGUGGCCCAGUUCCAGUUCCAGGUGGAGGACCGAGCUGGGAAUGUAGCUUCAGGCAUCUUCACCCUUUACUUGCAGCCAGAGGACAACCAGCCACCUGAGAUACUCAACACUGGCUUUACUACUAAGGAGAAAGGACACCACAUCCUGAGUGAGUCUGAGUUGCAUGUGAAUGAUAUAGACACUGAUGUAGCCCACAUCUCCUUUACUCUAACACAGGCACCCAAACAUGGUCACAUAAGGGUGUCUGGACAGAUACUACCUGUAGGUGGGGUUUUCCAUCUGGAGGACAUAAAACAGGGUCGGAUUUCUUAUGACCAUAGUGGGGAUGACUCCCUUACUGAUAACUGCUCCUUGGAGGUCAGUGAUAGACACCAUGUGGUGCCCAUAACUCUCAGAGUGAAUGUCCAACCAGUGAAUGAUGAGGUGCCCAUGCUGAGCCUUCCUGCUGGCACUCUGGGGUCCUACCUAGAUGUUUUAGAGAAUGGGGCUACUGAAAUCACUGCCAGUGUUAUCAAGGGGACUGAUGAAGACACUGAUGAUUUAAUGUUGACUUUCCUCUUGGAAGAUCCACCCUUAUAUGGAAAAAUCCUGGUCAAUGGAGUUCCAGCAGAGCAGUUUACCCAAAGGGACAUCCUGGAGGGCUCUGUUGUCUAUGCCCAUACCAGUGGUGAGAUAGGCCUAUUGCCCAAAGAGGACUCUUUUAACCUGAGUCUGUCAGCUAUAUCUCAAAAAUGGAGAAUAAGUGGCAGUACUGUCCAAAGAGUUACUGUGUGGGUGACCAUCCUUCCUAUUGACAGCCAGGCCCCAGAAAUUUCUGUAGGUGAACAGUUUAUAGUAAUGGAAGGUGAUAAAAGUGUCAUAACCUCAAUGCAUAUAAGUGCUGAAGAUAUUGAUUCCUUAAAUGACGACAUCCUGUGCACUAUAGUUAUUCAGCCUAUCUCAGGUUAUGUUGAAAAUAUUUCUCCAGCACCAGGCUCUGAAAAAUCAAGAGCAGGGAUUGCCAUAAGUGCCUUCACACUGAAAGAUCUCAGGCAUGAUCAUAUUAACUAUGUCCAGAGCAUACAUAAAGGAGUGGAACCUGUGGAAGAUAGAUUUAUAUUUCGUUGUUCUGAUGGCAUUAACUUUUCAGAGAGACAUUUUUUCUCUAUUGUUAUCAUUCCCACCAAUGAUGAACAGCCAGAAAUAUUUAUGAGAGAAUUUAUGGUGAUGGAAGGCAUGAGUCUGGUGAUUGAUACACCCAUCCUCAAUGCUGCUGAUGCUGACAUUCCCCUGGAGGAUUUAACUUUCACUCUUACCCAAUUUCCUACUCAUGGUCGCAUCAUGAACCAGCUGAUAAACAGCACAGUUUUGGUCAAAAGCUUUACCUUGGACCAGAUCAUAGAGAGUUCCAGCAUUAUUUAUGAGCAUGAUGACUCUGAGACCCAGGAAGAUAGUUUUGUGAUUAAACUAACAGAUGGUAAGCACUCUGUGGAAAAGACAGUUCUCAUUAUGAUUAUCCCUGUUGAUGAUGAGACCCCCAGAAUGGCCAUUAAUAGUGGAUUAGAAAUAGAAGUUGGAGAAACCAAAAUUAUGAACAAUAAAAUAUUAAUGGCAACUGAUUUAGAUUCUGAAGACAAAUCGUUGGUUUAUAUAAUUCGUUAUGGGCCAGAACAUGGAUUAUUACAGAGACAAAAACCUAUGCAUGCCUUUGAAAAUAUCACAAUGGGCAUGAAUUUUACCCAGGAUGAAGUGGACAGGAACUUAAUUCAAUAUGUCCAUUCUGGGCAAGACAGCAUUCAGGACCUAAUUAAAUUUGAUGUGACUGAUGGAACAAAUACCCUCAUAGAUUGCUAUUUUUAUGUAUCUAUUGGGAGCGUUGACAUUGUCUUCCCUGAUGUGAUAAGUAAGGGUGUGUCCUUGAAAGAAGGUGGUAAAGUCAUUCUCACAACAGACCUCUUAAGCACUAGUGAUUUGAACAGUCCUGAUGAAAACUUAGUGUUUACCAUCACCAAGGCUCCCCUGAGAGGUCUCUUAGAAUGCACAGAUCAACCUGGAGUUUCUAUCACAUCUUUCACUCAGCUUCAACUGGCUGGAAACAAAAUAUACUACAUACACACAGCUGAUGAUGAGGUGAAGAUGGACAGUUUUGAGUUUCAAGUCACUGAUGGACAUAACCCUGUCUUCCGGACAUUCCGUAUCUCCAUUAGUGAUGUGGACAACAAAAAGCCAAUUGUCACUAUCCAUAACCUGAUUGUCAGUGAAGGUGAAAACAAGCUGAUCACUCCCUUUGAACUCACUGUUGAAGACAGAGAUACUCCUGAUAAACUCCUAAAAUUCACUGUCACCCAGAUGCCUGUUCAUGGUCAACUCCUACUUAACAAUACCAGGCCUGCCAUGAUUUUUACUAAGCAAGACUUAAAUGAAAACUUAAUCAGCUAUAGGCAUGAUGGCACUGAGUCAAGUAAAGACAGCUUCUCCUUCACGGUAACUGAUGGCUCCCAUACAGAGUUCUAUGUUUUUCCUGAUACAGUAUUUGAAACAAGAAGACCCCAAGUGAUGAAGAUCCAGGUCUUAGCUGUUGACAAUAGUGUCCCCCACAUUGCAGUGAACAAAGGAGCUUCUACACUUCGCACUCUGGCCACUGGCCACUUGGGAUUCAUGAUCACAAACAAAAUAUUAAAAGCUGAGGACAGAGACAGCCUGUGUUUUUCUCUUAGGUUUAUUGUUACAGAGCUCCCUCGACAUGGAUAUCUCCUCAACUUGGGCAAAGGCAACCACAGUGUCACUCAGUUCACACAAGCUGACAUUGAUGACAUGAAAAUAUGCUAUGUUUUAAGAGAAGGGGCUAAUGCCACAAGUGAUCUAUUCCAAUUUACAGUUGAAGAUGGUGGUGGAAACAAGUUAACCAAGCAGCAUUUUCACCUGAAUUGGGCAUGGAUCUCCUUUGAAAAGGAAUAUUACCUGAUCAAUGAGGACUCCAAAUUUCUCGAUGUUGUUAUUAAACGUAGAGGUUACUUGGGAGAGACUUCAUUUAUAAGUAUUGGCACAAGAGAUGGAACUGCAGAAAAAGACAAAGAUUUCAAAGGUAAAGCACAGAAACAAGUGCAGUUCAACCCAGGCCAGACCAGGGCCACAUGGAAAGUGCACAUGAUGAGUGAUGAGGAACAUGAGCAGUCUGAGACUUUCCAGGUGGUUCUCUCAGAACCAGUGCUGGCAGCUCUGGAAUUUCCCACGGUGACCACAGUGGAGAUCAUUGACCCAGGAGAUGAACCAACUGUAUUUAUUCCCCAGUCGGAAUACUCCAUUGAGGAAGAUGUUGGUGAACUAUUCAUUCCCAUCAGAAGAAGUGGAGAUGUGAGCCAGGAGUUGAUAGUGAUCUGUUAUACACAGCAAGGAACAGCAAGCGGAACUGUGCCAACAUCAGUGCUGUCCUAUUCUGAUUACAUAUCCAGGCCUGAGGACCAUACUAGUGUCAUCCGCUUUGACAAACAUGAGCAUGAGAAAAUAUGUCGGAUUGUUGUGAUUGAUGACUCCUUGUAUGAAGAGGAAGAGACAUUCCAUGUCCUUCUGAGCAUGCCUAUGGGUGGUAGAAUUGGAUCAGAAUUCCCAGGGGCUUGGGUUACAAUCAUCCCUGACAAAAAUGAUGGUAAGUACUAAUACACCUGAAAAGUAUUCUUCUUUCCAGGCAGAUGAACAUUAAGCACAGAUUUCUAGACAAAAAAAAAAAAAAAAAAAUGACAGUGUAAAAAAUACGACAUGCACAUUAAUUUUACGCUUGAUUUUAUGGUAUGAUUAAGUUUCAAGUUGGCUGUAUCAUACAAU